AUUUUAAUUUUUGUAUUUACUUCGUACUUGUAAAAAAUUAUCGAGUAUAUGUAUAAUAAUUCUAUAAAUUCAUAAAAAGCUUGCUGGAAAAUAUUCCAUUUAUUAUUACGUGGCGCGUCGUAUCGCCAAGACAAUUCUAAGAUCCGAAAUCAUACGGCUAUAGCUGUGAGAGAAAAGGAGAGUCGAGAACAGCUCGAGAUAAAAGAAAACAGUUCGAGUGAGAAAGAGACGGAGCUAGGAGCAAAGGAGUCGGUAGAUGCUCCCACCGUUCGACGCUGUCCGAGGAGUGAGGGUCCCCUCCACGGGCGUUGCAUGCAGGCAGUGCAGGUAGAUUUACUGGCGAAAGCAUCUGAACUGGAAUUGUUGUCAUGCAGUUCUACUACAUUCCUAACUCCGACUUGUCUUAGUCUCUCUCCGCGUUAGCGCGCCGUUCACUUCUCUUAGAAGAGUCAAUCUAUAAGUUCUACCAUUUUAUUGUGUAAUCAAAAGUAGUGAAUAAGCAACUAAUCUUUUGUAACGUAACAAGCUAUUUGUAUUUCUUAUUAAUGUUUAAAUAUACGCGUAGUGUUUAACAAUUAUCAAAGUGAGUGAUUCUCGAAAAUUAUCCUCGCAUUCACGCCGAUCUCAGUAUUUUUGCAAUCAGAGGAGCACAGUCCAAAGCAUUCACAAAGGACGAUCAAAGCAUGCAGACCUGCAAGGGAGAAGUUCAUCUAAAGGCAUUUUAUAACGUGCAAUCUGCACAAGCAAAAAUCAUUUAUGAACAGAAGAGCUCUAAUGAAGUCUCACUGCCCACUAGCGACAGCAAUAGCAAUAUUUCUUUUUUAACAACGGAUUUCCCGUUUUCAUUGUCACAUUCGCCAACCAACGAGGAAAGCAGUGUAGAAACACUUCAAAUUCCUUUCAAAAUAAAUGCUGGAGACUGUCUUGAUAAACAUACUUCAGUUGAAGCAAAUUUAGAAAAAGAAGUAUCAAAGCUGGACGAUAAUAUUCUAGAUUUGAUAGAUGUUAGAUCAGUAAAAGCUCCGUUUAAAGAAUUAGAUAAAAACGCUCAGCAGACACAAUUAGUAAUUUUUCAAGAACAAUUGCAAUCAAAAAAUCCAUUGUUUAUCUUAUUACUAAAAAACAAACUUCAUACUCAAGAACCAUUCUCAACAUGAUGAAUUGAUACCAGAAUGGCACGACAUUAAUUUAAUUGUAAGAAUUACUGUCAAGCAUCUUUUUGACUUGGUUAUUCCUUCAAAACGUAAAAUAUUGUCAUCAACUCUAACAAGGUGGGCGCAGUUUCAAAGAUAUCGAUAUCCUGUUUCUACAACUAUAAAUAUAAGUCAUCUCAACGGAGGGACGGAACUGUAAUUAAAAAAAAAA